ACGUUUUCCACAAAUCGCAAACAACGGCAGCGUCAACCAACAAAGACGACGCAAUGGCUUUGUUUGUGUUUGUGUGUGUGUUUGUGGUGGUGGCGUCAGUGACGCACGCCAGUGGCAGUCAUGCUCAAUGGAGGGAAGAGCAGCUGGCAAAGGUGCCUGACAUGGCCCUGCUCCACGCCCCUUUCACCCCCUUUCAUAACGACACCAACCGGUCCUUGAACUUGGAUGUCCUGGACAAAAUGGCUGCAACUGCUGCGCAGUUUGGAGUCACCGUCGUCUGGACUUGUGGCGGUAUGGGCGAGUUUUACACGCUCACCGUGGACGAGCGCAAGCAGAUCAACCAGGCGUGGGUGCAGCACGGCCACGCCAACAACCUCUAUGUCAUUGCUCAUGUCGGCACAACCGUUCUGCAGGAUGCCAUCGACAUGGCCGCCCAUGCAAAGUCCAUUGGGGCUGACGCCGUUGCCAGCGUGCCGCCGUACUACGAGCAGCCUGGCUCCAUCGAUGAGUUGAUUGCUUUCUUGAAGCCCAUCGCCGCUGCCGCCCACCCGCUGCCGCUGUACUACUACCACAUCCCAGGAUCCACGCACUACUCCAUCAACGCCCUUGAUCUGCUCGAUGCCGCCUCCACACAGCUGCCCGAGCUGCUUGGCAUCAAGUUUGUCAGCUCAGACACGCUCGACUGGUACAACAUCGUCCAGAAGUACAACUCCUCGCACGUGCUCAUGUUUGCGCCCGAACCAAAGCUCCAGUCAUUUGCCCUCGGCCUUGGUCGCGGUACCGUCUUGGCUGAGGACUUCUUUGCGCCCACAUACAUUCGCAUGCAGCGCCACUAUGCCCUGAACAACCACGGCGCUGCCCAACAAGAGCAGGCGUGGAAAUACAAGGCAAUGUCUGUGUUUGGGGAAAACGGGGGCGGGCUGGCGGAGCGCGAGGUGUACAAACACAUCAACGGCGUCGAUCUUGGGCCGCGUCGCAGGCCAACCGGCACGUUUGAUCCAAACAACUUCAAGCCCCUGAUCCAAGGCCUGGACUCCAUUGGUUUCUUCAACCAGACGUGGUAGACACACACGCACACGCGCACUUGUAUCUUCUGCCUUUCCCUUCCUCUUCGUUUGUUGCCUCUUGAUUGUUUGCGGGCCGUGGUGAGCGUUCAUAUGUCACAGGUGUUUGUUGGCGUUUGUACUUGUGCAUGUUGUGCGUCUGUUGUAGUGAUCAUCACAUGCUUCCCUGGUCGUUGCUGUGUGUUUGCUGGUUUGCGUCGCCAGCCUGCUUGCACGUGUGCUGUUGUGUCUUUCUUGCUUGAGCAGUUCAAGAGCAAUGAAAGAAAAGAACUCUCGUCACGUGAUUUGGCCUAACGCAGUAUUACAAGC